AUGCCCAAGUCCGGCUUCGAUCCGCAGCGCCAUCAGCGCAAGCUGCACCGCCACAAUCCCCUCUCCAAGUCUGCGUCAGCUUCAGCAGCGAGCAGUGCACAAGCAUCGCCUUCAUCCGUCUCUUCCGCUACCCUUGAUGCGCUUCAGCAAGCCUCAAAGACCGCAAACGGAUCCAGUCCGAACAAGGGAGGCGCUGCCAACGAGAUCAUUCCACUGCUGGCCAACCUGCCUGCUCCCGACAAUGCUGCCAGCACCUCAGCAUCCAUCAAUCUAGCUGACAAGGUCUGGUCGCUCGCCUCCGUGUCGCUGCUUCUCACUGUCGGCCCAACCCAGUCAGCUUCCGAAGUCAAACAGCACCGCAAGCUUCUGCUCUCACACAACCUCGUCGGAAGGCUCAUCCAGGCUCUACAAUCACAUACCGAGGUCGAUGUCAGGCGCGAAGCCAGCGGUGCCCUCCGCAACCUGUGCGUCGAUGCUGGUCUCGACGUUCGCAAUGAAGUCGUCAACAAGGGCGGUGUUCCUGCCAUGCUUUCAGCUAUGAGGUGGGCUAGCAAUGCUCUCGGCUUUGAUGCAAGCUCGUCUGCCAGCGCCAGCGCCAAUCCUUCGGUUUCUUUCGUCGACGACGCACCCACUCAGGAGCAGGAUCUCGAGUCUAAACGUGCGCUCCUCGCCAAGCCACUCGUCCAGAUGAACAAGAAGGAGAAGAGGCAUGCUACCAAGCUUGCAGCCGCACUCGGCAAGACGCUCGAGCAGGUUGCCGGUCACGGUCUCACAGCCGACGACGAAAAGAAGCUGGCCACCUCAAGCAAGAACGACUCAGGCGACGCUAUGGACACCUCUGCGACUGCAUCGGUGACAUCUCGUCGAGGGGAGCCAUUCCUGUCUCUCGACUCCAACACGCGCAAGGGUCUUCUCGAAAUGGCAGAGAACCUCGUCACCGUGGUCUGGUGUCUCUGCGAAUCCGGCGAUAAGGCUUUCGCCAAGCUUGUAUCGUGGAGGUGGCUCGAUCAGGACGUCGUCGGUGCAGGUACCUCCGGCGAUGAGCUCAGCGGACAAGCUCUCGCUUCCUGGCUCUCUUCUGCUAUCGCUCUCGGCUCAAGAGCUGCUUCCGUUCUGUCCACUGCGGGCGCAGAUGGCUCUCGUGCAUCCUCUUCCAGUGCGCAAGCCGCGUCAGCAGAGGCCCUUGGCGUGCUUUCUAACGAAGAGUUGUCUCUCUUGCUCGACCUCGCCCUUGCUUCUGGCAACGCCCUCUGCGCCUUGACGGAUGGAGGCGAAGCCGACUUUGUUGACGGUCUGCUUUCUCGCAAGUCUGCUGUCCCACCUCCGAAGUCGUCUAAGAAGAAGGGCGGCAGGGCUGAGCCUCCCUCUUCGGCACAGGCACCCAUCCCGACUUCGCUGGAUGAACAGCCAGCUGCGGCUACUCGCUGCCUCUCCGCCAUCCAGUCCGCGCUCAGCCUCCUCGAGGCCUGCGUCCAGACCGACCAGACCGGCAUCGACAAGCUCAAGCGCUACGUCCUCUCGCAGGCAACCAUGCUCGGCGUCCUCUCCGCAGGCAUCUUCCGCAACAUUGCUGCCGCCGUCGACUCCAAAGCUGCUGCAUCUUCGCGCUCCAAGUCUCGCAAGCACAGCGGCUCGGCUGUCACGCUCACUUCUAGGCACAUUUUCAUCCCCACAUCAUCGACCGCAAGCACAACCAACGGUAAUGGUGCUGGUGCAGAGGGCGUGACGCUCAAGAAGUACGAAGAGAGCGCCAUCCUACCCGCCCUGACACGUCUGCUGGCCGGCGUGGACAUGACUCAGCUCGCACACGACCUCGACGGCCGCGGCGAUGUCAGCCAGGCGGUUUCACUCGACUCCAGCUCCAAGGACGGACAAGACGAAGCGACCCUCCGAGCAAAGAUGCAGGGCAAAGCCGAGGACAAGGCGCAAACGCUCAUGCUUGCGCUCGAGGUCCUCGCCGAGAUGGCCGGCAGUCUCGACUCGAAAGCCGAGGGCGACGCGGAGGAGGAAGACGAAGACGAGUGGCUGGAGGACCUCGAUGCGGACGAAGAGGGUCACGACCAGGAUAUGGACAUGGAGAUGGGCGGUGACGAAGACGACGACGAUGGAGAAGACGACGAAGCAAAAGACGACGACGACAUGGGCCUUCGACAGGCUCAAAACGGCGCCGAUACGUUUGCCGACGCUGUCAAGCGCAGCGGCACCUUGCCUUUCGAAGGCUACGCUCCGAACCUUUGCGCAGUUUUGACUGCUUCUAAUCCUUCGCUUGCCGGUGCACUCUUGACACUGGCACGCCCGUUCGAGGCGUCCUUCCCGUCGCUCACCUCGGCGAAGCCUGACGACAAGCAUGCAUCUGGCUUGCUGCGAGGGUUGCACCUUCGCUCGCUCUCGGUGCUCAAUAACGUGUUCCUUUGCCUCGCUGCCUUCUCGCCGCCUCCGCCGUCGCAGCCCGCUACCGACCCCAAGGUGCAGCGUCGAAUUGCGGCGUUCCGCACAUGGUCGCAGAACACUCCUCAGAACGGCAGUCUGAAUGAGGUGUGGAAGACGCUGUUCGAGAUCGCAAAAGGCUGUGCCAGCGUGCCUGCGGUGGCGAAUGCCGGCGCUGGUCUCGUGACGCCUUCCGACGGCGAUGCGGACGGUGUAGUUGGUUCGGCUGGCACAAGUGCCGGUGCGGGCGCAGGUCAAGGCGAAGGCGAAGACGGUCUGGUGAUGGUCGAAACGUGCAUUGGCACCAUGUGGUCUCUCGCGCGCAUCCUCGAAGGCUCGGUCGAGCUCUCGCCCACCACGAGCCCCAGCAUCCCCGUCAGCGUCGCCAACGCCGUCUCUUCAGAGAUCAUCAUGGCCCUCACCACGGGCUACACGUCGGCUAGCACCGACGGCAUGCGCGUCAAAUGCCUCCUCCUCCUCUCUACCAUCGCCCGCUCGCCCCUCAUCCAUCCCACUCUCAACGCGCAUAUCGGCAGCUUUUUGGUCAGCAUCCUGGAGCACAUCCCCGACCACCCUUCGUCAACCACCUCGGGCACCACGCCGGAAAGCAUGCUCGCCGCGAUCAACGGCAUCAUCGACACGUACGCCGACGAGACGUCGCACUACGACGCGGCUGGCUUCCGACAGCCCAAUCUGCUGGCUAGGUUGAGGGCGACCGCGUUCAAGUGCAAGGCGCUCGCCAAGCAGAUCGACAGGCGGAAGCAGAUUAGCCUCAGAGCGAGCGCAGAGGAGGCGUUGGAGAACCUGCAGGGUUUCGUGCAGUAUAGGCAGGGCUUGCGAUUCUGA